AUGCUCCUUGACUUCAAAAAUGCAUCCCAUUCUAUCGAUCGAUCAGUGCUCUUAUACACAUUUGUUUCAAAUGGGGUACCCCAGAAGUUUCUGGACAUAAACCGGUCCCUACAUUCACGUACUUUUGAGCGUGCGACAGUGUAUAGUGAGGUCUGUAAAAGCUUCCCUACGAAAAAGUGGUAUCCGACAAGAAGGUCCGCUAUCUCCACUUUGGUUCAGCCUCGUCAUCGUGAUGCGGUUAUUAUUCUUCUGAAUUUUUCUGCCACGCGCUACCUUACCUCGCUCAGCUGGAGAACCCUUUCAGUGCCCAACUGCCAUGCCACCCGAAGGUUGCAUGAGGGCUGGGAUACUGCCAGGUUGCCCAAGAUUACACAGGAGAAGUCGAGAGGCAGAGAUCGGGUACGAGCCACGGACCUUCCAGUCAAAUCCUGGCCUUCAAAGGAAAAUUGGAUCGUAAAUAUGGAGCCGCCUUUAGUCUCUCUACUCAAGCGUCAUCGUGCCGCUGGUCCUGACGACCUUCCGCCUGCUCUUUUUAAGGAUCGCAAAGUGCCCAUUUUUGAAAAGGGUACUCGCAGCGAGUGUAGUAACCAUAGAGGUGUUAGUCUGACUCCAAGACUGCUGGCACCACUGAUUCUUCAUCGUCUUGCGGUGGUACGCGAAACCUUCACUAGUGAGAAUCAAGCGGGAUUUCGACGGGGUAGAGGCCACGUUGAUCACGUCUUCACACUCCGUCUGGUGUUAUAG